AUGUACAACACCGAGUUCGGUCGGCGGCUGCGUAGCCAAUCCUCCGGCGGAUCCACGCCCUCGUCCUCGAAGCGCGAGAGCCGAACCACCGAUAGCCUGCUCGGCGCCACAACCGACCGUCUGCUCGCCGGGUCAAGCGCGAGCUUCUCCACAUCCCCCAUCUCAAUACCCGGCUCAUCCAGGGCUGCGGCGGCGAAACGAUCGAGUACAAACCGAUCAUCCAGCCUCACCGACCUGUCGGGCGUCUUGCGCGGGGAAUCGUCGCGCUCGUCAUUGUCGGCGUCAUCUAGCAUGAAGCCGUCAUCACCAAGCAAGAAGCACCUCGCCGGCAGCAUCGUCGAUCGAUACAUCCCACAGCGCGACGGAACCGACCUGCACACCGCCUACCAGCUCAUCGGCGACGAUCCACCCACUCCGCACCGACACAAGCGCAAGGUCGCCAUCGACACCGACGCACAACGCGAGGAGGCCAACCAGGCCUUCUCGUCGCUGCUAUCGUCCGAGCUGUUCGGAGCGGAUGCAGGGCUGAGCACGUCGCCCAGCCGAGGCAAUCGCGCAAGUGCCUUCACCAACUUUGCAUCCAGCUCGUCGUCGUCGGUGCAUACCAGCGGCGGCUCUUCAGCAACACGCCAUUCGAGUCACACCGGCCUCAACUCGCCAGCAACGCCGACCAAGCGAAACCUUUUCAGCUACAGUCCCUCGCGCAGCCGCACGCCCGGCCGCAGCGGGUCCGGCAUGGGCCGGGUGGUGGACUUUGGCAUCGCCGACGACGAGCUCGGUGGCGCUGCGCCACGCACCGGUGGGCUUUUCGGUGGACUGGCCUCGCACUCGCUCGAGACGCUCGACUCGCCCAACCAUCGGGCGUACAGCCUGUCGCCGGUCAAGGCGGAGAGCCGCAGCCUGCUGCUCAGUCCGCGAAAGCCGCCGCGCGUGCUGAGCAAGGUGCCUUACAAGGUGCUCGACGCGCCGGACCUCGCCAACGACUUCUACCUCAACCUCGUGGAUUGGUCGAGCAAGAACGUGCUGGGCGUUGGGCUGGGCACGUGCGUGUAUCUGUGGUCGGCGGACAACUCGUCGGUGACCAAGCUGUGCGAUCUCAAGGAGUACAGCAACGACGUGGUGACGGGACUCAAUUGGGCGAAUUCGGGCAAUCAUCUUGCGAUCGGCACGCAAAAGGGGCUGGUGCAGAUCUGGGACGUGGAGAAGCAGAAGCUGCUGCGCACCAUGCGCGGGCACACGCAGCGGGUAGGUGCGUUGGCAUGGAACGAGGUGAUCCUCACGUCGGGGUCGCGCGACCGCGUGAUCCAGCAUCGCGACGUGCGUGCGCCCGAUCAGCACAUCCGAACGCUGCGCGCGCACCGCCAGGAGGUGUGCGGCCUAAAAUGGAACACCGAGACGAACCAGCUGGCGAGCGGUGGCAACGACAAUCGGCUGAUCGUGUGGGAUACGCUCAACGAGACGCCGCUGCAUCGGUUCACGGAGCAUACGGCGGCGGUCAAGGCGAUCGCGUGGAAUCCGCACCAGCAGGGCAUCCUUGCGUCGGGCGGAGGUACGGUGGACAUGAAGAUCCGGUUCUGGAACGCGAGUACGGGCCAGAUGCUCAACGAGGUGGAUACGGGUAGCCAGGUGUGCAAUCUGAUGUGGAGCAAGACGGCCAACGAGCUGAUCAGCACGCACGGCUACUCGGGUGGUGCGAUCCAGAACCAGAUCCAGGUGUGGAAGUAUCCUUCGAUGCAGCAGAUUGCCACGCUCACGGGCCACACGAUGCGGGUGCUCUAUCUCUCCAUGAGCCCUACGGGCGACACCAUCGUCACGGGCGCAGGUGACGAGACGCUGCGCUUCUGGGACCUCAACACGUCGCACCGCACCCAGCUCGACAAGCGUCGCGAGGCCAAUGCCUUUAAUCCUUUUGCCAAGCUGCGCUGA